UUCGCGAUUGUGCGUGGUGUCACAAGCGAGUCGUGUAGUAGACGGCGAUGCUCUUUUAAAAAGCGAGUUUCUUGCGAGUGAUAAGUCAAGUGCUGUCGACCGAAGAAUAAAUAAUCGGAGUAUCCUGGAGGCAGGAGAUAAGGAGAAUGCUGUUGGUGGCUAGCACUGUGUUUUUCGGGUUGACCCUCGGUCUCUCCCACGCGAGCAUCUCAGCCCUCGAGUCGACACCGAGCUCCUUCAACAAUCAUGGAGCUCCACGAUUGGAUUUGGACAGUCCAGAAAGUGGAUACCAUGGCCUGGUGAAGGAAAACGAAACUUUGGUCGAGGUCACGCCACAAAUACGAGCUAUAGGUGCCAAAGUCUGCUCCUUCCGUAUAGCGAACAAGCACCAUGGCGAUGCACCCUUCGAGAUUGUUUUGAAAGAGAAAGGAAUGGCAGAGCUGAGGGCGCUGAGAGUUCUAAACUGCGAGAAACGGCGUAACUACAAGUUCGAUAUCGAAGCUGUUGGCUGCAACGGAUCGCUAUCGGAAAACGCUACGGUGCAUAUUACCGUGGUGGACGUGAACGAAUAUGCACCACAGUUUCUGCAACCGGCCUAUGUCAGCACCGUGGACGAAGGUCGCCUAUACGAAGAAGUUGUCCGCGUGGAAGCAUCCGACAGAGAUUGCACCCCGAAAUUCGGUGACGUAUGCAAGUAUGAAAUUUUGACAGCUGACCAACCAUUCAUCAUCGACAAUGAAGGAGCGAUACGCAAUACCGAGCCAUUGGAUUACGAGCGAUCCCAUAACUACAUCUUGAGCGUGGUAGCGUAUGACUGUGGUAUGAAACAAUCUGCACCUGCUAUGGUCACUGUUAAAGUCAAUCGUGUAUGCGCCCCCGGUUGGAGAGGAAUUCCAGAAAGGGUUGACUAUGCCGCUGGUGUAGGUUCUCAACCGUUGCUUCCUUCCGCUAGGCUGGAUCUUUGCGACGCUCCCUGUAUAUUGCGUAAUGUUCGAGCCACCUUAACUCUUGCUACGGACCAUAUAGGGAAAGGUUGUGACCGUGACACAUACGGUGUACGCAGUCAACGUAAAUUAUGCGGCGCAUCUCGCGAUAGCGUAGAUUUAUUGCCAACUCCUGGGCCUACGACUUCCUGGACGGCAUCUUUGUCUCGAGACGAAGGAAGGGAAGCGGAUGAAAUCUUUGAAUUUGACGGCGUUGAUUCUGCUGCCAUUGUACCUAACGAUGUGCUGGAGCAUAGCCUGGCACAGAAAUUCACGGUCGGAGUUUGGGUAAAACACCGACCUCGACCAAGACAAGACCCUCAUGUUAAAGAACACAUCUUGUGCGCUGCCGAUGAUCACAAGAUGAAUAGACAUCAUUACGCCCUGUUUAUUAGAAACUGCAGACUGAUUUUGCUACUUAGACGUGAUUUCUCAGAGGGUGAUCCUAAUAUCUUCCGGCCUGCCGAGUGGCGUUGGAAACUUACUCAAGUGUGCGAUGAUAAGUGGCACCAUUACGCCGUUCAAGUCGACUUCCCCCACGUGACCUUAUUCGUUGAUGGAGAGGAAUGGCAUACAGACGAGAAGAAUCCGGAAGUGAUCGACGACUGGCCGUUGCAUCCUGCGAAAGGCGUUAACACAACUCUCGUCGUUGGUGCAUGCUGGCAGGGUUCCGAUAAUAAAACGAAACAUCAUUUCCGUGGCUAUCUGGCUGGUCUGUCCGUGCUAGUUGGACGAAACGAGAAACCAGACGUGUUGUCUUGCUUGCGUCGUUGCCAGGAAGGUAUUCAUGUGCCAUCGAUGGAUCUGCUUCAACCUGGAACCCAAUUGCUCACCAAUUGCGAUCUAACAGAGGUACGAAUCGACGGAGAUAAUCGCACUAACGUUGAGACGCUUCUCCGUCGUAUUGGUUAUUCCAACUCCAGACGAUUUCCUACCCCGGGUCGCCGUAAUUUCCGUUUAGAAACAACGAUCGUUUGCGAAGGUAGCGAAGACAAUCCGCUCCCGGUACCAACUGUUCAAUCGUACGUCACUGUCCUGCCACCACCUCGUCCAGGUAUAACUGUCAACGGGACCGGCUACGUGGCUAGGGAAUACGCAGAUUUUCGUCUAGGUGUACGCGUGUUCCCAGACACUCGUGUUACUGCCGGUUCCGCUGCCAGAUUGGAUGCAUGUGCAGUCAGUGUUUAUCCAAGUCUUAAUCCCGACCACGAGAGCUUAGGUUUACCUGGCGAUGCUCUGCGUAGAUUCCGUUCCAUCACUGCGCGUGUAGAUCGCGAUGGUGUUGUUCUCUCUGGCGCUGACACACCUUAUAACUACCAACAAUUGAUACGUCUCAUCAUGUAUACGAAUCGCAAGCCAGCUUACUAUCUUGAUCGUGUAUUCAAACUGACUUGCUCCGAGCUCAGCGGUCGAUUCGCUAGCAACGAAUACGUGCAAACUCUCGCUGUCAUUCAUCCGAAAGAGAAAACUACCGCUCUUCCCCAUUCUACUCCUGAUGAUCCACCAAUCGCCAGAAUUCUGGAACCAGCACCUGGACACGUGCAAUUGUCUCCUCAUCACGCAGAUUUGCCAGAAGAAUAUGCAACAGCCGCGCUUCGCGAAGGUAACAGAAGCAUCGGGGGUGCAAGUGGUAAUCACGCAGUUACGAUUGUCGCUGUCGCUUGUAUCUGUUUCUUACUCUUGAUGGCGGUGGUUGGAGCAGCGAGAGUCAGAGGAGCCGCGAAGAGACGACCAUCAGCUGGAGACGAGUUGGCUGCCGAAACUGAAAUGGCCUGGGACGAUUCUGCAUUGGCUAUUACCGUGAAUCCAAUGGAGAGGCUCACAGAACACGAUUCUCAUCACCAGAGCCAGAGAGACGACGAUGUCGAUGACUCCGGAAGUUCAGACUCCGAAGAUGGAUCGUACAGAGAUGACGAUUUAGAUAGUUCCGAUUGCGAGAAUGAUUGUGAGCUGAGCAAUGGCCGACAUCGCCGACAUAAUUCACCUCAUGAUUUGGAAUGGGAUCAUCGUGAUGUUUAAACUACUAUUUCUCUGCAUUCACCAUCCCCUUUCUUCAUAUGGUGAUUAAGUGGAGUACUAACUCAUAUUGUUUGUCAUUAAUCCCUUCCAAAAAAUCAUUAUUAUUUCUUUUCUUAUGACGCUUCGUAAUGCAUAUAGAAUGAACGUUAUUCUAUAACGAGGUCUGGCAAAUUAUAAACUAUUCUAAUAUUUAUCACUUGGAACUUUUCGAACUUGAAUGCGUCUUUUAAAAGAACAUAUUAAUAUUUUCGAUAAUUAAUCUGAUAUUCCUAUGUAUAAAUACGAAAGCGUCGUAUUAUAUCCGUCCCCAUAGAUGAAGACAUAUUGGUAUCGUAAAAUGUUAAUACACACCAACUAGUUAGUACUCUCCUUAAAAGCCAGCAAAAUUUGUAAGAGAGUGCGGGACGCUUUAUCGAAUAGUUAAACUCUUUCUGUCUACAACACGGUUGAUGUUGAUAGAUGAAAGAUACACGUGAAAGAUACUUAAGUUUACUGGGAAAUUCUCGGUAAAUAUUGGAAAUAAUUAAUUUAUAUUUGACUCUCAUUACUGCUAAUAAUUAUUAUUAUUAUUAAUAAUAUUAUUAUUAUUACUGAUAUUUUUAUUAUUACCAUCAUUAUUUUUAUUAUCAGUAGUGGUAGGACGAGGGAACUUUUUUAUACUCUUAAUUAUCUUCUCCUCCUUUUAUUCUAUUUUUAUUCUAUUCCACUAUUACUUGUUAUAAAUAUUUACUAACGCUAAUUACUAUAUUAUAUAUUGCUAUUAUAUUCAAUUAUGAUUUCCUUUGAUACACAGGACAGCCCGAUGACGUAAUCUGACUGUUAUCUAAUUGAACAUAUUACUCUUCCUUAUUUCUAACUUAACCCUUAACGCUCCGACUUUUAAUUGUGAAUAUCGAUCGGCAACUCCAACUUAUUCUCAUCAUACUUCAACUUGCAAGUUUCUAAGUGUCAGAUUUUAAAUGCUACAAUGACGUGUAAAUAAUAAUAUUAAAGUCAUUCAAAACAAUCUUUAUUCGCCUCAGAAGUAAUAUAAUUUUGAUUACAAUAUUUAUAUUAAUUAUAAUUGAGUAAUGUGUGGAAUUUUUUUAAAACAUUCGCAUUACUUCCUUUUGAUGAGCAAACAAGACACUUUUUCUUUUUCCCUUUCGGCAACUGAUUUAUUAUAUGGAGUUUCCCAUCUAAACGUUGUUCCUUAUCUGUUCCGGAAAGCCUGCCAUACACAUUGUUAUUCUGAAAGUUACUUACGAGCUGACUUACCGAUAAUUUGACAAACUUAUAGUGUGACAAAGCGCUUUCUCCCUUCCUUUCCUGAGAAAUCUUGUAAGGUAUAUAAGCAUUUAUUACGCUUGUUUCUAGUCCCCAAAAGAACAGUUUCCGCCACCAUUUCAACGAUUUUCUCAGGAAACAAUGUUGAUGCAUAUUGAUCGGCUUUAUCUACACCACCCAUAUUACUGGUAUAAUCAGCAAUCACAUUCGGUUUUAAAACUUCUUCGAUAGUACAAUUUCGUGAAAAUCUAAUUAUGACACUUGAUCCAAAGGUGUGAUACGUGCUCAACAUAGUGACAAUUCCCUUGUCUUUCCAAGCAAGGAGUAAGUAAUUUGAAUGGCGCAUUGCAAUUGUAUUUGAAUUGAUAAAUUUCGGAUUAGAAAUUCUUUGUGGUAUGUGUGUGCGAUUUUUUUCUAUUGUACCUGUUACGUGGCACUUCAUUUCUAACAAUUCCUCUGCCAGGACUAAACUUGUAUAAUAUCUAUCUGUGUGAACGUGAUAUCCUGCAUAGCUAGGAACGGAAUGUAACAAUUUGUUACACAGAUGUAAAACUACUCGUGAUGAUACUUGCAGAUCUGGUUUUAUAAGAUCUUGCGAUGUGAGUUUGCCAUAGUAUGGUAAAAUGCCAUAAACGUAUGCGGAUUUUGCGUCGGCCAGGACAAAUAUCCGUAUUCCUCAUUUUGUAGGUUUCUGUGGAUUGUAAGUUAUAACACUAAGGAUCCUCCCCUUAACUUUCACAGCAGCUUCGUCUAUAGGAACUUCUUUUCCGGGUAUAAGAUACUUUCGGAAUUUCUCGUCCAAGUAGUCGAUGAAAUUGUUUACUUUUUGAAUUCUCGUUCUGAUGUCUUGAGCUUUUGAAGCGUUCUCGUUCGAGUGUAACACCCAAAAAAUUUGCAUGAAACGCUUCCGGCUGAAGAUCCGAAAAUCAAAACUGUCAUCGUCACUAUCUAUAGAGGCACACUUGGAGCGUUAAGGGUUAAACUUUUUAACUCGAUAUUUGAUCUCAUAAGCAUAUAUAUAUAUAUAUAUAUAUCUAUAUAUUUUUUCCAUAACAAUCGAGUCUUUCAUAUUCGACUAAACUAAGUAUUUAAAAAUCGUGGAUGCCCAGUUUAUUAUUAGCACGCUAUCAAUGAGAACAAACAAUAAAAAAUUAAUAUAUACAUAGAUAUAUAUUUCUAAUCGGUAGCACGUAAAAUCGGGCUGAGCCUAAAGCCAUCGUAUGAUACUUGCCCAAUUUUCCACUUUAUUUUUAAGUAAAAAAGAAAAAAAAGGAAACAAAAACCUCUAAUAUAAUUUGCACAAUGUUCCUUCCUAAUCAAUUUACAAAAAGAAAAAAAAGAAAACUCUUAGCUCUUAGUAAGGACAUUGCCGCGCAUCUUAUUAUAGUGCUUCACCAUUAAGUACGGUAUAAUAUCAUAUCCGUAUACAUGUGUGCGCAUGCAUAUAGAUUUGUAUGCAAUUUCAUUGCGUAUACAGACUGUAUGAAGUACACGUGUAUGUGCAUGAUGAGAGAAAAAAAGAAAACAUGUGUACUUACAUAUACAUACAGCGUCCGUUCAUUAUUCUGUGGUGAGGAGCGCCGUUCUCUACGGAAGAGGCAAUUUAUUCUCGGGGGGAAAUAAUGCGCAGCGAUUCGACCAGCAAGGGUAUCGUUUGUUAUUUUUUUAAAGGAUUAUCGUGCAAUCCUACUCGUUUCAUAGGGAAACUGAUUUUUAUGUGCCUUUACGCGACUAGUAUGUUGAAUUCUACUCUAUAUUUUAAUAGCGAACACUGGAACUGAUUUCCUAUCAGUAUAUCUCUCGCAUGUUAGACGUAUCUUGACGCUUGAGAACGUCUCGAAAGCAAACUGCUCUACUGUUGUUGUAUUUUAAAACAUUAACUGUUAUAAUGGCAUAUAGGUGUUAAGGGACAGACGCAAAGAAAAAUAUCGGCCAUUCCUUGAUGCACGAUCCGUCGCGUUCAUCAGAAAAAGAGAACCAUGUAACGAGGAACGUAAUCGAGUGUUAAACGGAAGUAUUCUGUAUUCUGUUAUUUGUAAUAGCGAACGAGCACGGUUCGUUUGUCAUUGAAUGCAUGCCACGUACGUGCAAUGAUCCGCAGGGUAUUAAUUAUCGACGAAUGAUCUCGUAAAUAACUGCGCAUUGAUACUCGCUACGAAGUAAUGAAAGGAUCUUGUGUAUGUAUUUGUGUAUUUAGAAUUAUACCGACCGAUCGAAUACUUAGUACUGAAAGUUUGUGUACGGAUAUCUAUAUUCAUAGAAACUAUAUGAACAAUUUAUUUUUCCAACGAGCAUAUCAUAUCAUUUUUAUAAGAGAUUUGUCAGAAGUUUGAAAACUUUUCGUAAAGAGCUCCUACAUAGCAACACGCUAUCGUGACGUUACUUGCCAUAAUCGCCACUUGUUUCUCUCAUUUUUAUUUUCCAACGAAUUAAUUUUAUUUUUAACCGUUUGUCUAUUUUUUGACACGUCUUGGAUAAAGAUACGCGUGUUAUCUUUACGCGUUUGUUUCAUUUCAAAAACUCUGAUCGAGGAAGAACAGAAUGGCGCGUCGAUUAAGUAUUCAAAGUGAUCGCGGAUGACAUAAAAGAAGAAAGAGAAAUAACAAUGAUCGACAGAAGCGAAGCGGAGAAGAAAGUAAUACCGUUGCUAUUUAUUUCAUUAGAUUUUUUAUCUUUUAAGAGCGUACAUGCGACACACGUGUAUGCGCACUUCGGAUUUCCUCGCAAAUUCCGCGUGAAUAGACGAACCACCAUGCCUCUCUCUAUUCCAAAUUUGAAAUCUCUCAUCUGAUUUACAAUCUCGGUUCGUAGUUGUCGGAACGUAAUUAUAUUAUUCUCAAGGAUAUCGAAUCUAAACGCAUUUCACUUAUGUACGGUGUAAUACUCGGGAAAAAAUAAUUCUAUUUGAAAAGAAUGAACUUCCUCUCUUUAUAUGGGAUUAUACAUUCUUUAUAUACACGAACACACACACGCUUGUCGGAUAUCAUCAGAUUUAUCGUGAAUCAUAAAAAAAAGAAAAAGAAAAAAAUUUCGAUUGACCGAUUCCUUCUUCGAUCGCACAACACAGCGCCCCCACAGACCCUUUCUUGAGUCUUUUACACGGCAUAAGUAUAAAAAAAAUCUGACAAUUGCACAAACGAGUAAAAAUGCUGGCUUUUGGAGCAUUAGGAGCGCGAGAAUUCGAAUCGCGGUGCAUUCUGUACCGGAAGUCGUUUUCGACCAAGGGUAUCUGUCGACGACUGGAGUACAGAAAGGGAGCAUUCUUUUGUUACCCGGUCUAACGAGCCAUUUGGAGCAAGAUGUAAUACGUAUGUGUAUAUCAGGAAGACUCGUUUUUCUCGGCUGCUAGCGAAGAGAUUCGUAAGAGAGAACGACACCAUUGCAAACCUAACUAGGCGUGUACACGCCUGCUCUAAAGAUGUACUUAAUUAUAUUAAUUAUAUUAUGGAGAGUAAGGGAAGAGAAAAGAGAAAAGAAAAGAAUGGAACUACGCAAAACAAAAACCAACUAGAUGAUACUAUUAUAUAAUAUAUAUUAUACAUAAAAAUAUAUCUAAGCUGUUUGCAAAUGAUGAUUUAAGAGAUGAAAGGAAAAAGAGAGAAAAGAAAAACGAAAAACCAGAGGGAAGAAGGUAUGAAUUUGUAAUGUACUAUUGUAUUUUGUAGGCAGCUAGUGUACGUAUACAUAUGCACAUGUAUCCGUGUAUGUAUGUUUACGUAUAUAAAUAUACAUACUCUUCGACAUUUACACGUACCGUUCGCCUAAAUAGUCUGCAGAAUAUUUUCAAUUCAACAUCGGUCCAAGGUGAAACAAUUCAGGAGUAUACUGUUCGCGAUCGUAUGAAUCAAGUGUGACACUUUAAAAAGCCCGCGAAUUUUUGUGUUCCUGAAUAGCGAAACGCUUGAUCCGAAUUUGUUAGAGCACUUGGGCGCACGGCAGAUAACACACGCUCUCGCCUCUAAUUCGUAUACAAACGUAAGUACUGUAUACUCUCGAUGGAAGAAGAAGGAAAAAAAGGCCACAGAAAUUGCGUGCAUAGGUACGUGUCUGUCACGUAAUUGAAACACUUCAACGUUCAAUAAAAUAAAGAGAAGGAUAAAAAGAGAUAAAGUAAUACCAAUCCUACGGUAACGUUGUAAUGAAUUAAAUAAUCAACUAUACCGACUAUAUAGCUAGGCCGUAAGGGAUGACACGUUACGGACCGACUAAAUUCCCUCCCGUCGCAGAUUGAUUGUGUGUUAACUAAUAAGGAUAAGUAACGAUAUAGUACCGUUAAGGAAUUUAAUUAUUAAUACUGAUACUAUAUGUACGCUAAGCACAGUUUCAAAGUCAUUAAGUGACGUGAAGUACAGCUAAGGCGAGAAAGGAUUGUAACACAAGUCUUAAUUUAAACAUGUGACACACUGAGUUACUCGGCGCGUCUGCACGCGACGCACAGAAACGUCAAAUUACCUUGUUAUCCUGCAACUGAGAAUCGUUCGACAAGAGAAAUAUUAGCAAUAGUAUUGUACACAGAGAAACAUAUACAUCUGCAUACAUAUGUAUGUACACGUCAUACACAUUUACACCACAUACAUACAUACAUACAUACAUACACACACGCACGCACACACACACAGAGUACAUACAGAGUACACACGCGCGGCCGCAUAUACACGCUGCACAGGCUAGGAAAAUGAAAUACUAUCUAUAACGACAUAUUAUAAAUAAUAUUAAGACGUCAACUGUAUUUGUUUAAUAAAGAUGUACAUUCGAAAAA